AGUAACAAAACUAAAAUAAAUAUAUAUUUAAUAAAACAAUUAUAAAGUUAAAUAUGUUGAAACCAUCAACAUUUAUUUUAAUUACGUCAUUGUUUGUGGAGGUCGUAUUCUCCCAAUGCCUGAGACAACCACCAUACAACAUAGUAAACCGACCUUUCGCAGAAUACAUUGAAGCCCCCAGAAUCAUAGAAGGACCGAGAAUCAUCGAAACACCGAGACUGAUAGAAUCACCCCGCAUCAUCGAGGGACCUCGUCUUUAUGAAGCACCUAGAAUCAUUGAAGCACCCAGAAUCAUAGAGACACCUCGAUAUAUUGAAGCACCAAGAAUCAUAGAUGCUCCCAGAGUAUUCAGUCCCCAGGCUACUGUCAUAUCAGAACCGCCGUGUAACAGCAUCGUUCCUAUCCCUAGUGUACCGUCGUCUACCACCCUCAUAACUGACUGUACUCCAGCUGUGUGUAAGAAUCUGGCGAAUACAAUCCAACUUAUGAUCGUUUGUAACCUUCUACAAAAUACGAAAGGAGGUCCAGAGAUAGCUAUGCAGAUGGCGUCUCCAAUUUUAAAUGAGAUUUUGACGUCACCUACUUUAUCUUGCGGCUGUUCUAAUCCUAUCUCCCCUAUAGCCCAAGGCAUUGCUCCUAAUUUGCUCGCACCUGGACUUAUUUCUCCUAACGUUAUUGCUCCUAAAAUGGUAGCGCCUAACAUAAUUCCUCCUAGUGUAAUUCCUACUAUUCCUAGCGCACCUCCAUGUGCCGUGCCUUCUACAAACAAUCUUUUAAAUAGUUUAAUGUCUUUGCUCGGUGGCGGCAUUUAAUUAAUGUUUAUUUAAGUAUUUAUAGUAUUAUUUAUUUCUGAAUAAAUUAUUGAUAUAUUUACAAAGUGGUAUUUCUAUAAGAAUGUGACGUGGAAUAUGUAAAAUUUAUUUUCUUUUUCCUUAUUACAAAAAACCCUGGCUAUCUAUUUUAUUAAAAUCUGUUUGGUAUACUUUAAGCUUACUUAUAUUAUAUUAAAUAGUUUAGUACUCUACCUAUGUUGAUGGUUGAGUCGCUUGAAAAACAAAAUUGGUCACGCUCCGGUCGUUUUGAAGGUUCAAAGAUGCCAUAAAACUUUCAAAGUAGUUUCAAAGUGAUAUUUUGUAGAGCUUUUAUCCAUUGAGCUAGGAUGCGGGUCCCUGCUUUAUUCCUUAGAGAGUACCUCUUACAGUAUGUAGUGUGUCCAAAGAACAUAAAACUAGGUACAUAUAAGAAAAACUU